AUGAAAAGUUUAGUAUCUCUAACUCCACCGCAGCUGAAUCUUAUAGAAAAUGCAGGGUUUUCAAAAAUUGAAGCUGAUGCAAGAAUAACUUUAGAAAAUGGAUAUUUUGAUGUUACAAUUACACUUAGCAUGAUUUUUGGCUUUGCCGAGGAUUAUAAGAAAAUUCUUAUGAACGCCAAACAUGAACUUAUUUUAACAAGAGCGCGUAAUGACACUAAUGCUAUAAUUCAAACAGGACAAGGAGCUGAUGAAGAAUUUAAAAUUUUCAUCAAUAAACUAGAAUGGAUGAUUCCAUACAUUUUACCUGCUGAUAAUAAUAAAAUAAAAUUAUUGAAAUUCAUCGAAAAAGACCCCUUAAUUUCAAUAAGUUUUCGAUCAUGGGAAAUGUAUGAAUAUCCUUUAGUUCCUACAAGUUCAAAAGUCCUAUGGCAAAUCAAAACUUCCACCCAAUUGGAAAAACCACGAUAUGUAAUUGUUGGAUUUCAAACAGCGAGAAAAGAUAAACGAAAAAAAUAUGCUUUUCAUUUUGAUCAUUGUAAUAUUACAAACGUUAAACUCUUUUUAAACUCUCAGUAUUAUCCUUAUGGUAAUUUGAAUCUAAACUUUGAUCAAAAUCAGUAUGCUUUACUUUAUGAAAUGUAUGCUAAUUUUCAAACUUCUUACUAUGGAAAAGAUGCAAAACCUAUAUUAACAAAGAAUAUUUUUAAACAAUUAUUUCCUUUAAUUGUUAUCGAUUGUUCAAAACAAAAUGAGUUUUUGAAACAGGCAUCAGUAGAUGUACGAUUAGAAUUUGAAUCAGGAUAUAACAUGCCGGCUGAGACUACUGCAUAUUGCCCAAUCAUCCAUGAUCGCGUUGUACAAUAUAAACCAAUCAGCGGCGUCGUUAAAAAGUUGCUAUAG